AUGAAGUCCACUAAGAUAAACCCUAGUAUAAAACUCCUGACGAUAAUGUUAGAAGGUCAAGAGGUUGGUAGUAGAAGGUUGAUAGACAUCAACCUCCUAGAUGAGGGCUUGGAGGUGACCAUAGUGGGCUUGAUGGGUGAGAUCGCCUUAUUUACAAGAGAGAAGAGACUCAAAGAUUCCCACAACUUGACAGAUAUUUGUUCGAUUGACGUACAUGGUCUCCAUAGUGAACCACAAAAGACAGGCCAAAGUGAUGCGUGCUAG